GAAAAAAAAAUUAUAUUAUAUUAUUAUAUUCAAGUUAUUAUAUAUUAGAAAACGAAUUUAAUUACAAAAAAAAACGAACGCUUUUUAUAAAAAAAAAAAAAAAAAAAAUCUUUUUUUUUUUCGGUUCACGUUAUUAAAAAAUUCUUAUUAAAAAUCCAAAUUUAUUUUUCUCGAUUUACUAUUAUAAAUUAAAUUUUGUUAUUAUUUUUUACGGAUUUUUAUUAUUUUAUUUUUCGUUAAGGCUUUACGACUCUUUAUAUACAUAAAUAGAUUUAUUUUUUUUACGAUAAAUUGUUUUUACAAUUAUUAUUAUUAUGAUGAUAUUUAGAGAACAUAGAGCCAUACUUUUAAAUCUUAAAUUUAUUCAAAUUAUCUUUACUAUUAUAGUUCUCACUACAGAACUUGUUCAGUAUGUUGUAUUUUCUAGUUUAAAGGCAGAUUCGCCCGAUAUUAUUGCUGUAAAUCAGUUCAUAAACAAUGAAUAUAAAUCAAUCAAAAUAUUGGAUAAUAUUGUAUUUUUGUUAAAUUUAAUAACUCUCGGUGCUUAUGUUUUUAAUUUUAAGAAAAUCUGGAAUAAAGGACCUUAUCUUUGCCUUGAAUUAUUCUUGGCUGCUUUAUGGUUUACUUCUGCUAUUGGAAAUUUAGAUCCUGUAUAUGGACGCAAUCCAGCCCAAAUUUGUUCAUCCGCAAUAACAUCAUCAUUAACAACAAUAUGUAGCACAUGGAUAACAAGCGUAGUAUUUUGUUGGUUAAAUAUGAUAUUACUAAUUAUAUCAGUAUUUGUGACAUGGCGUGUCGGGCAAGAAAAACGUAAAGGAAUUUAUCAUAAACCUACUGUAAAACCUGAAGUAAAGAAUAGGACGAGUCAAAGACAAUCUGUUUUGUUCAAACAAGGUCUUGAAAAUCCCGAUAAAUCUCAACCUGUAAUGUUAGAAUCUGGUAUUAAACCUUUAAUGUUGGUUCAAUUAGCUAAUACUUGAGUUUGAAAUUGAGAUUAUAAUUGAAAUAUUGAAAUUGAAAUUGAAAUUGAAAUUGA